AAUUUUAUUUGCGAAUGUCAGCAGCUUCAAUGGAGGAGUUAUACCAUAGAAAUAAGAGGAUUAGAGAAUUUAUGUACAAAUUUAGAGAAAAGGACCAGAUCACUGUGAUGAGGGAUAUUGCCUUACUGGGAAUUGAGCUUUUUGAAGCAAUGAAUCAAGGGCUAGUUCAUCUUAGAGCUGAGGAUGUAGAGAAUACAUUGGCUACGAUCAGAGAAGAAGGAGGAGUUAGGUUGGAUAAAGAUGAUAGAAUUCAACCACAGAGAUUGAGUAAUGGGAAUGGAGUGCAUAUGGGGGUUGAGAGUGCUCAAAGAGAGUAUACUAGUAUGAGUCAUCAUCCUCAAGUCAAUAAUUACACUCAACUUCAUCCUCAUUAUGCUCACCAAGAAGUUUUGGUGAACAACGAAAACUUUAGUAGAGCUCAAACAGUUCCGAAUACUGUUAAUUAUGUUGGUGAACCAAAGAUGAUGCCUGUUGCUCAAAACCCAUACGAGUUAAGCCAGUCUUUCACUGGAAGAUAUCCUCAACAAAGGCAGCCGAUAAUGAGAAGCAACCAGGAAGGUAAUAUUCAAAGGCUAAGCCUCUACGAAGAUAGUCUAAACGGUGGUUAUUUUCAAGGAAGUCGCCAAGGCUAUCAUUACCCAGAAAAUUUGCAGAAAAAUCUUUCUGAAACUGAAGAUCUCCUACAAAAGAGGAAAAUGGAGACCUCUAGAAAACGAUUAAAUCCAAAAGAGCAGAAUGUUCCUGCUGGAAUCCCCUCUUAUAUUUCUGUGAAACCUGACCAAGAAGAAAAGCAUUUAUCAAAGUCACCAACUCGUUGGGAGCUGGACAACUCAAUUUAUGAGCCAAAGCAAGUUAUGAUCAAAAUAAAUCGCCAAAAUACUGCUGAAAUCGAGAGAAGAAAUGAAGCUAUAGAGUUUGGACUCAAUUACCCAAACUGGUGGGGCGAUAGCACUGAGAAGAGAAAGCCCAGACCAAAGACUAGAUCUAAAACAAAAAGUAGUGAGAAGCAUCGUGAUUCGGACGAUUCUUUGGACGAUGAUCGAUAUAUCAAUCCUCAGAGGAACACUAUUGUUCACGACGACAAGAAAUAUGAAAAACAGAAAAUCAGUAGUUUCAUGUUAGGGUCAAAAGACCAGAUAAGAAGGGAUAGUUCUAUAAGACAAAGCGCAUCGUUCCAUCACCGUCAAAGUAGAUCACCCAAAAAGGAUUCUCAAGGUGGAGACACUUCCCGUUCUCGUGGAGGAAUUGCACUUCAUUAUCACAUGAAAGAUCUCUGUGGUAAUAAACAUGACGAUAGACCAAUUACUCCUGCUAAAUAUGAAAUUAAAGAGAUUGUUACCUCUGAUCGUAAGGGCAAGAGUCAGGAUCUUAGUGCCAAGAAGAAGGAAUUAGCAGCUUCUAAGCAAAAAUUAAGUCAGUUCAAUCGUCCCAAGAAGACUAGAAAGGAAUUAAUGGAAAGAGACAGAAAAAUAGCACUGAAGAAAAGAGAAAAGCUUGACAAGGCAAGGAGCAAAAAUAAGAAUUCAAAGAUUCCAAUGAGUAACUUUGGAGUAAAGAAUUCUCAAAUUAGUAAAAAUGUUCACCAAAGGAGCAAAACUAUGGCAAGAAAGAAUAAUGUCAUUUCAAGAUCUACGAAGAAGAUUGGAAAGCAAGAGGCUUCCAGUCGGUUAGAUCACAGGAAUAAUAUCAAAAACGAUAGAUCAGAGCAUGUCAAAUCCUUUGUCAAGGAACAUCAUGAGAAGUCAAUCUCUCAUGAUCUCGACCAGACAACAGCAAAGUACUAUAAACAAGAAGAUGUCAUCAACUGUAUAGUUGAUAAAAAACAGGAUACUAGGGACAAACUAAAAGAGAUGCUUAGGGCUGAUGAUAAAAUUGCAGAGAGUUCUGUGAGAAUUACCAGUCGCCAAUCCUCACCUCCAAUGAUAUCAACUAUAGAGUUUGACAGGUCAAGUCCAGAAAGCACAAAUCCUUCCCAACAAGUUUUCGAAAGAGAUUCAGUGAGAAAAUCCACAGAAAAGCAUGGAAUUAUGAAGCAUGCAAACUCUAUAAUCGACCGUCAUCAAGAGCGUUUGAUGAAAUACUCAAAGCCUGGGAACACUGGUGGCAAUUUUAAUGACUUCUAGCCUCCAUGCCCUUGAUUAAUCCAAUUUCACAGCUAAUA